GCUGGACUUGAGGAUUUCACUGAAGCAAUCUUUUUAACGAAGUUUUAUUCUCUUGAAUUGUUCGAGGUGUUUUGACGUUUCAUCAUGAAAUCCUUCGUUCAAAACUCGUUGGUUGCAUUCGUAUUUGUAGCCGUAAUGUCGGUCACCUUCGUCGUCUGUGAUGACUCGUACGACGAAGUUUCGAGUCCACCGGGGUUCGUCACUGAUGGUCAUGCUCCGGGAGAGGAUGACCCUGGGUCAGAAGAUUUUUCGGAACCCUCGUACACUAACGAAGAUGGGGAAUCCGACCCUGUUGACGAUACUGGUUCCCAAGAGAUCGGUCUCGAUGCAAAUCGCCGGAAGCGGGAAUUUGGCGCAAGAGAAAAGUACAUCUUCCGUGUGAAUAACGAUGACGUGAGGCGCAAGCGACAAAGCAGUUACGGAUACCAGCAUCGGCCUUCUAAUACUUACUCAACCACUCCUUACACGACCACUUACCAGACUUACUCGACAACUUACCCGCGCUACUCCACGACUACUGCACGUUAUUUGUACAGCACGCCCGGUUACAACCAGCAACGACCGAGCAACGGGUAUUCAAGGUAGAAAGGAAUGAAUGGAUUUAUCCUCGGAUCUCGGCCGUGUCGACAAUUUUUAUAAUUUUUAUACUUGAAUGAUAUCUGCUUCGGGUGUAUUUGAAUAAUUACGACUUGAAAAUGAAAAAGCAAGUAUUCUUCGACAA